AUGGACGUUAAUACAGCAGCUGUUACAGCAUCAGUAAAUUCAGGACAAGGUUAUGUACAAUUAGAAAUAUUAUCUGCUUUAUUGAAUAUGCCAAGUAUGAGCAAUAAAUUGUACCAAAAAAUACAUGAAAAAGUUGAACAAUUUACACAUAAUACUGCUUGGGAAUCAAUGUCUUCUGCAGCCGAAGAGGAGGCUAAAUUAGCUAUAGAUAAUGGAGAUGUAAAUGAAAAUGGAGUGCCUAUGAUCACAGUUAUAGCUGAUGGUGCUUGGUCCAAAAGAAGUUAUAGAACAAACUAUAAUGCAUUAUCUGGUGUUGGCUGUAUUGUUGGUGCUAAACUAAAAAAGUCUUUUUUUUGGGCAUUAGAAACAAAUAUUGUUCAAUAUGCAUAA